AUGGCUGGAAGUGAAAUUGUCAAUGUUCUCCUUCUCGGUGCCGGCUUUGUCUGCCGGCCCACCGCCGAAAUUCUCGCAAACUCUGGUGUUACUGUCACUGUCGCUUGCAGGACUUUGGAGCGAUCCAAGAAACUUGCCGAAGGCCUAAAAAACACCCAGUGCGUCUCAUUAGACCUCAACGAUGAGAAGGCACUGGACGCUGAAGUAGCCAAGAACGACCUUGUCGUUUCUCUUGUCCCAUACACAUUUCACGCGCUUGUGAUCAAGUCUGCUAUCAAGAGCAAGAAGCAUGUCGUCACCACGUCAUACGUCUCGCCAGCGAUGUUGGAGCUCGAUGCCCAAGCUAAGGAGGCUGGUAUCACUGUCAUGAAUGAAAUUGGUCUAGACCCUGGUAUUGAUCAUCUAUGGGCCAUUAAGACCAUCUCCGAAGUCCACAAGGCGGGUGGAAAGAUCACUAGUUUCCUCAGUUAUUGUGGUGGUCUGCCAGCUCCAGAGUGUUCCGACAACCCUCUCGGCUAUAAGUUCAGCUGGAGCUCGCGUGGCGUGCUUCUCGCUCUCCGCAACGCUGCUCGCUACUAUGAAAAUGGCCAGAUCAAAGACGUCUCCGGUCCCGAGCUUAUGGCCACAGCCAAGCCGUACUUCACCGGCUAUAAUGGUUAUGCAUUCGUCGCCUAUCCCAACCGUGACUCCACCCCGUACAAGGAGCGUUACGACAUUCCUGAAGCUGAGGAGAUUGUUCGAGGUACUCUCCGAUUCCAAGGCUUCCCUGAGUUCAUCAAGGUCCUCGUAGACACUGGGUUCCUCAGCGACGAGCCAAGGGACUUCCUCAACGAAGCCAUCCCAUGGAAGGAGGCAACAGCUAAGGUCUUGGGAUCUAGCUCGAGUUCAGAAGAAGAUCUUCUGUGGGCAGUCAGCUCAAAGACGAAGUUUCCCAACACUGAAGAAAAGUACCGCAUCAUCUCCGGUAUGCGCUGGGUCGGCAUGUUCAGCGAUACGCCAAUUGAGCCCCGCGGCAACCCGCUCGAUACGCUUUGCGCGCAGCUCGAGAAGAAGAUGCAAUACGAAGAAGGAGAGCGUGAUCUUGUGUUCUUGCAGCACAAGUUCGGAAUCGAGCACAAGGAUGGCCGCAAAGAAACGCGCUUUUCCACGCUCAUCGAGUAUGGUGACCCCAAGGGCUACUCAGCGAUGGCCAAGCUCGUCGGCGUCCCUUGUGCGGUCGCCAUUCAGCAGGUUCUUAAUGGCACCAUCAGCCAGCGCGGUGUCCUGGCGCCAAUGAGCGAAGACCUGGAUGCCCCGUUGAGGAAGGAACUGCAGGAGAAGUAUGGCAUCUUCAUGACAGAGAAGACCAUAGAGUAA